UUUAUUUCAUCUAUAUCUUAUAUCUCAUUAUUCCUUAUCUACUCUUAAUUUUGAAGACACACAUACACAUGAAUGUUAGUCAGCUCUCGGCUGUGGGGGUUGCGGAAGCCGAGGUUCGUUGGGAUACUUAAGAUAAACUUACCCCGAUCUAGGAUGAAUGCUUUUCGGAUGCAUUCUCGGUUAGCAAUUUAUUCAUAUAGAAAUUAUAGACAGAAUGGGUUCAGCACCACUGAAUCAAACGUUUGAAGAGGCGAUCGCAGUGACACCUAUCAGCUCACAUCGUUAUUCCGCCAAUCUGCGGAACGACUGGUGUAUCGGGACAGUCCCCCAUGGAGGAUAUACAACCGCCGUGCUGUAUCGAUUGGCAACAACACAUUUUGCUCACACCCAUCCCACACGUUACAAUGAAACCGCCACUCCGAUCUCUAUCCAGUUGGCCUUCAUCCGUCGCACGGCCGUUGGCCCGGCCAUCCUGACCGUGGAGGAUACAAAGCUUGGAGCACGAACGAGUACGAUCCAUGUCAAGCUAUCGCAGCCACGCGAGAAAAAACAGAAAUUCGGCUCUUCCUCAGAGGAAGAAGAGCUUGAAGUCAAAGUAGCUGGUUACAUCACCGUCACACCGUCUACCGCGGAAGUGGGCGUUUCAACCAACACUGGCUGGGCGGUUUAUCCGCCCACUCAUCCUGGGACCGGUCCCGAAGGCAAGGUGAACCUUGGCAAUCUGAGCAGCACCGGUCAAGAUGGGGAAUGGACGCGACAGGUGGCGCCGUUCCCUGACUUUCGGCGGGCGACACAACAGCUCGAACUGUUUGGACCUGAUUCUAAGGCGAAGAAAUCGCAGGUGGUGGAUCAGUGGGCGCGUUUUCGACCGGGAGGAGAUCAAGGAGGAAGAUGGAGUAAUGAGGCGGUGGUGUUUUUGACGGACAUGUUCCCGAUGGCAUUGGAUGGGCUGGACUCCAUGUCUGCAGCUGCGUCGGGGGUGUAUGCCCAAGACACUACGGAUAAGAAGCAGUUGGCCAAGUUCUGGUAUCCGACAGUGACGUUGAAUAUCGACCUGACAAAGCGGAUGCCGGUUGAAGGGGUGGAAUGGCUGUAUAGCAGGGUACAGAUCAAGGUGGUGCGUAAUGGACGCACGGAGAUUGAAGUGGCAAUAUUGGAUGAAGCUGGAGAAACGGUAGCGUUCAGCACACAAGUGGGAUUGGUGGUAAGCGCGAGCCGAAACGUUGGGAAGCGCUCGAUGUUGUGAUUUAGAUCUAGAUGAGACUUCUAUAUACCCCUGGACGGGC